GGGCAGGGGUGGGCAGUGUUGGUGGUCUCCUCUGCUCUGCAGCCUCGGAAGUGCCCACCUACCAAGCGGUGAGGUCUCUCUCCCAUGGGGUUUGGGAGCAGAGAGCUGCUGCGGGCCGGGAUCCGCGGGUGUGGGACUUCAGGUAAACACAGGAAGUGCCCGGUCCUAGAGGUAUUUUGCCUCUGUGUGUCCUGAGUUCACCAGGCAGGUUACUUGCCGGGGAAAAGUGGUCUUACCUGUGGUUCCGAGGCUCAAGUUUGCUCGUGGGGUACUGCCUAAGUCCUCUCCGCGGCGGCAGCAACCGGGAAGAUCUGUGCCGCUCUUUCAGGGAGCCUCCGUGCACCAGGGUUCCAGAUGGCUUUUGGUGUUUUCCUCUGGCGUCUGGAUGUGUGCAGAGUGCAGUCUAUUCUGGUUUCCCAGGCGUGUCUGCCUCUGUAGGUUUAGCUCUCCCUCCCAUGGGAUUUGGGUGCAGAGAACUGUUUAUCCUGUCUGUUUCCUUCAGGUUCCGGCGGUGUCUCAGGCACAGGGGUCAUGCCGCUCCUGGGCCCUCCCCUACGGGAACCCAGAGGCCUUAUACAGUUUCCUCUUGGGCCAGGGAUGUGGGCAGGGGUGGGCAGUGUUGGUGUCAGCCCGAGUUCUGAUGAGAUAGCUAUUAAUGCUCUUCCAGUGUAAAGACUGUGUGGAGGAAGGUGAGUGCAUCUCAUAAUAUAUUGGUCCCCAUGACCUAUAUAGUUCAUAAUUGCAGAGUAUAUCAAUCUUAUUGUAUAGAAAAUAGAUGAUGUUGAUCUCAGCAGUAAAUGUACAGUGGCUAAGUUAAUGUUGAAUGGAUCAAUUUCCAUUCAUCCGUUCAUAAGAAAAGAUUGGUAUAAGUAAAUUUGAAUGCAAGGCUUCCAACAACUGAUUUCAUAGCCCCAAUGCAUGGAUGCCAUAAGGUAAACUCCUAGAGGCAGUAACCUGGAGACUAAGGCGAAUCUUCAUGUGCCUGCCUGGUCUUCCCAAUGCCUUUAACUUAGCAGAGUAGAAGCAAUAGGCCACGUGUAGUACAACUCCCCUGGAUACAUUCCAAUAUAAGUAGAUGGAGCAUUCUAUUAUAUGCAUGAACAGAUGGGUACACUGAGGGCAAGGGGGUUAAACAAUACAGGCAGUCAUACAGAAAAGGUACUGGACCAAUCUUCUUGGUCCAAUAUUAGAUAUGAACCGGAUAUAGUGAUCAAUCCUGCUUACUUGGUCACCUAUGAUGACUGUCACCAGUGAGUCCUCACCAAAAUUGUCCUGCACCAAACUGAGUAACAAAGAUUUGCAUAAUUUAGAGUUAUUAUAUUGAGUUUGUAAAUAGAAUUCAAAUGCAAAUGCAAACUCUACAUUUAUUUCAUUACUAAGAUUUUCAAGUUGCUAAGAGACAGUUAAAUGGGAAUUGAAUGUCUAAAAUAAAACCUAAAUUCUAUAAAUCAUAAAAAGCGCAUUUGAGAAACCAGCAUUUACUAAAACUAAUGUCUAUUCUUGUUGGAUGGCACUGGGAACCACACAACAGGCAAACACUAAAAUAAGCUUAUUGCAGUUAGAUGGCUCAUAACUACAAAUGCCAAGUAUAACUUGUUCCUCAGAUCAUUUUUCUUCAUUUUAUCAUAAUAACUACAAUGGGUUUAUGUAUAUUAUGAUAAGGAAUAAGCAUGAGAGUCAGAAUAUUCAAAAAUGCUGGGAAAUAGUUUAUAAACCUUCUUUCAAUCUGCUCAUAAAGCAACAUACACAAUGCUUUCACUGAUUUUCAUGAAUAUAAUAAUAUUCUGCACCUAUUUUAAUCACACACACUAUUAUUUCUAAAUUCAUUUCCAAGAAUGAACAGUGUUGGGUAUGUAACUAUUUACUAACUGUAUUUUCAAUAAUAUGGGGGUUAAGAUUCCAUUCUAACUUUCUUUCUAUUGCUGUGAGAAAUAUAAUGAAAAAAGUCACUGGGCAAGGAAAGGAUUUAUCUCAUCUUGUAAUUCAUCAUUGAAGGAAUGAGAACAGUAACUUAAUGCAAGAAUUGAAGGAGAAAUCAUAGAGGAAAGUGGUUAACCUUAUUCUCUGCCUGCAUCAGCUAGUUUUCCAAUAUGACUGAGACCUACUUCUCACAGUGGGCUGGCCUCUCCUACAUCAACCAAAAGAGUCUCUUACAGAGGCCACAGGCAAAUAUGAUCCAGACAGUUUACCAUUCCCUCUUCUUAGGUGAAAAUAGGUUGGUUUCCAGCUGACAAUAAAACUAACUAGUACAGACUAUAAUUGUAUUUAUUUUUUGAGAUUAUGAUAUAAUUAAAAUAUUUUUCCUUCCUCCCAUCCCUCUAAACCCUGCCAUAUCUUCCUCUUUGUUCUUGUUCGGAUACAUGGACUCUUUUUUUCUUAUUUUCUAUUGGAAGUCUCAGUCAAGAUAAAUUUCUUGCAGCAAUUAUAAGUGAUAUUUGAAUAUUAAAAUUACAAUAUUUGGAACACAAUUGUUUGAUCUGAAGAACGAUCAUAUUCUAUGAAAACUAAAUGUUUUUUAAUAAAUAAAAUAUGCUUCCAUUUUCAACUUUUCUUUUUGUUUUAAACAAAAAUUUAAACUUCUCAUGUUUAAAUAGUUUAUUCUCAGUAUUUUACCUCUCUCUCUCUCUCUCUCUCUCUCUCUCUCUCUCUCUCUCUCUUUCUCUCCCAUCUGUGUGUUCGUGUGCAUGCAUGCACGUGUCUGUACAUCAGAGGAAAAGUUCUGAGUCAGAAAUUUGUUAUCUUCUUGGACCAUGUGGAUUCUAGAGAUUGAAUUCAACUGAGGAACCUUGGCUCCUGGCUCUUUUAGUCACUGAUAAUCCAAUCAGCCCCGAUCCUCCAUAAGUUGAUGUUAAACUUCCUCUGUUGUUAUUUGCCAAAAAUAAUAUGUAUGUGUUUACUUUCCCCUUGUGGAACAGACCAAAGGAAAUAUAUCACCCAAUUCUAGAUGGAUGACCCUAUGAUUUUAUUGGCGUUGCAUGCAGAAUAGGCAAAAAUAUACCUAUAGGAAUACGAAUGGAGAGUUACUACAGGAAGCUACAUCCUGGAGCACAGUGUUCAUACAAUCCCACAAGGAAGUAUUUCAACUUUCCUAGCAAAAGUUUAUUGUUGAUGUAACCUUGGCAAUGUGUUGCCUGUUAGUUUUAUUUGCUUCCUCAGUCUCCUUUUUGCCAAGGAGAAAUGUUUCGAUCAGGAGGCAAUAGCUAUGAACAAAGGGUGUAUAAAGCACCCUGAGGUAAUUCAACAAAGUUAUUCAGAGAGUUACCUUUACCUUAAUCAUGUCGCUUGAGUAUCUGUUACUCAUGCAGAGUUCAUAUAAAAUGUCUCCACUGAUGGUCCUGGACCGCUGAUUCUUGUAGUCUCAGUGACUAAGCAUUCUCUUAUCCUAUGGUGAUUGCAGGUGUCCUCUGUGUAAAUUGUGUUACCAGCAUUCAGCAAAGAUGUCAGUUAGGAGAGUUUACCGUCUCAACUUGUAAUUUAAAUUUUAGGCAACCUAGUCAUAAACCUUAUCUCUUUAUUACAUAAUGUGUCCCAAAUAUUAAUGUGUUCCUCCAGGCUACAUAUGUUCAUAUAUUCUUCCUGCAAUUUGUUGAGUGUAUUCAACUCACUGCGUAUAUUUAUUUAUUUUUUUCUUUUAUUUUUUUUGGAGCUGGGGACCGAACCCAGGGCCUGCGCUUGCUAGGCAAGUGCUCUACCACUGAGCAAAAUCCCCAACCCUCACUGCGUAUAUUUAAAGUGUGUGUGUGUGUGUGUGUGUGUGUGUGUGUGUGUGUGUGUGUGUUCAAUAGACACAGGUAUGAACAUGGCCAUAGGGGCCAGAGGAUAGCCUUGCCUACGUUUUCUCAGUCAUCAUUCAUACUGAUUUUGAUAAAGGGUCUCUUGCUGACUGGAAUUCAUUUAUUAGGCUAGCCGGCUGGUCAGUCAGCUCCAGAGAGCUGCUUGUCUCUUUCUUUCCCUCAUUACUGGAAUUAGAAUACUGCUACCAUGCAUGCCAUUAAAAAACUGUGUGGAUUAUGGAGGACUGAAUUAGGUCCUUAUCAUUGCCAGACAACCAUUUAGAUGACUGAGCUAGCAGCCAAGACCACAAAUGAAAGUACUUUUAAAGAAAAAUUUCACCUCAUUGCAGUAAUUUUGAAACUAAUCUUACCUGCCAUACAAUGGCAGAAAGAAAAGUUUAAAUAAAACAAAAAUCUAGGAAAGAAAACGAAGUGGUAAUGGUGUGGCUGUGGUUGACUUGGGGCCUUGAGAAUACUAAAACUCAGCUGCCACCAAAAGCCACUCAAGACUGUGUCUCUCCACUGUUGUCUGCUGAUGCACACUGAGACAAGUUUUAGUAAAUAAAAUUUCUGAAAAGUGAAAGAAAAUCAUAAGAGUGAGAGGGGUCCCAAGACAGAAAAAUAAAAAAGAACUUCUUUGUCUGUAUAUGCAUAUGCAUGUGUAUAGCUGUAGCUAUGUCUCUACAUACCUAUAUAUCUACUUAUCAACAUAGCUAUAUAUCAUCUGUACAUGUAGAGUCGGCUGAGCAUCUAUCGCUAUCUCUAUGUCAUCUAUACCUAUGUCAUCUAUGUCUAUAUAAUCUAUAUCUAUAUGUGUGUAUUUACAAAUAUAGACAUAUAGAUAUGAGAUAUAUAGAUAUAUAGAUAUGCAGAUAGAUAUAUAGAUAUUUACACAUAUACCAUAUACAACUGCUUUAUAUGUAACUAUGGGUGAGUGUGUGUCUGUGUGUUUGUGUGCAUGCAUAUGUGUAUAUAUGUAUGUUAUAUAUAACAGAGAAUUUGACUGGAUGGAUAUAUAUAUAUAUAUAUAUAUAUAUAUAUAUAAUAUCUUUUGUGAAGUUGGUUUCUUUUGAAGGUGAUCAUUCAGUAUAAAAUGUAUUAAAUGUAUCACACUGACAAAAAUUCAAGGCCGGUAUGUUAGGGAAACUUACUUGAGUAGGCAGAAGUAAAAAAUAAAUGACUUUAUUUUUUUCAUGAUCUGAUGGAAAACAUAGGGACAUUAGUUUAAAGUAUUAAAAACUAGCUCUGAGUUAAUAUGUCUGGGAAGGAGCCAUCAUUUCUGUGGAUAUAAAAAUUGCAUGAUAUGAGAACAUGCUGCAAUGGGAUUUUAUACUAAUAAUAUAACAAAGAAAUAAUCGAGUGAAUGUUAUAUUGUUUAUUCAAUCAAUAAAAUUAUUAAAAUUUUAGUAUGUGAACAAUACAUGUUUAUAUUAGUUUGCGUAUUAAUUAAAUCAUUUUAUUAUAAUUUAUGUUCCAAAUUGUUCAAUAUAUUUUUCCAAAGUAUAAGCUUAAUAAACAAAUAAGGACUAUCAAAUAGAUGAACAGAAGAUAGAUAACAAAGAUAACAUUGGCUAUGUUUGUCUGCCAUAGGUCUGAGAACAAAAUUCUUUCUGUAUAAAUUUUAGUGUGUGUGUGUGUGUGUGUGUUAAUGUAACCAAACUCUUCCAAUAUUUUACUGCUUUUUGGUUGUAAAAGAAUUUUUUAGCCCAGCUGAAUGUAGUCUAAAUUUUUUUUUUUACCAAUUUUUAGUGUGAUUAAAGGCCUUAUAAUCAGUAGGUAAUGGUCAGAAUUAGGUUUUAUAGCUAAUGACAUAGACCUCUAAAUACCUUGAAAAGGUGAAUUUCUAUAAAUAUACAACUUCAUGAAAUUUAAGCACAAACAGGUUAUGCACUGAAAGAAUUGGGAAGUAUAUUUUCCAUGCAAAGCUUUGCAAAUUCAGAGUUGUAAGAAUGAUGAUGAGAGAGAGAUCCUACAGAAAGCCAGUCAGCAUGUGUUCCAGUACACGUUUCUGGAGAAGCUAUUGUUUCUUAGCUUGAUUGCUGCAAAAUUAAAUCAAUAAUUUAUGUUUUAUAUGUUUUCUUUGAUAUCUAUGAAGGUAAUUAAAUGUUAAUCAAGAAAAGGUAUUCACAUUAGAUUUAUUUAAUAUCUGCAAGGUUGCCUUUAUCUAGGAACCACUUGAACUAGCUCUUAGCACUUCUAACUCUUUUAAAUAUAUUAAACAUUUGGAAGUUAAGCCUACUUGUACAUAAAUGAACAAAAAAUGUUUAAAAGUUUAACAUUUCUUGGAGAUCCUUCCUUGAAGGCACAGGUCUCUAAUUACAGCUGUUUGUGAGAUGGGGGGUAGGAGGAUUGAAAUUUCACAGAGUGAGUUUGCCUGAGGCACUUAAGAAGACCCUGUUUCAAAACAACAUAUUAAAAAAGAGCUGUAAUGACAAUUCGGUGGUAUAGUGCUUGCCUAACAGGGGUGCAGUCUUGAGUUCAAUCCAAAGGACUGAGGAAAUGAUUGUGGACAUAGCAUCUACAAGAUGAUUCUUUUUGUUUCAAAUGAUGUAUUUUGUUAUCAACAAAUAGUGAGUAUAUUUUCAAAUUCUAUGAAUCUGGAGUUCUUAAAAAUUUAUUCCAUUGUUUAAACCUUUAAAAACAGGUCAUAGAUAUACUUUUAGAUGUGUUAUUCAGCGACACAUUUUAACAUUCUUCAGUUUAGCUAAAUUUACACACAGAUGACAAAAAAUCAGUAAAGAAGUCAUUACAGUUUAGAAUGAUACACAAGUGUUUGGUACAAUGGACAGUGAUACGUAAGAUCCAUAAAUCUCAUUCUUUGACUACUAUGAUUAUUGAUAAUCGUAUGGAAGAGAUGAAUAUCUUAGGAAUGAUGGAGCAAUGCGUCAUUUAGUUUCAUCUGACUGAGCACUUACUGAAUACACAAAGCAACUGAUAUACAGGGACCACAGCUACUUACUUCUUUAAUAACGUUAUUAAGCGCCUCCUAUUGCCCCUUAGGGAGUAGUAGAUGAAUGGGCAAAAUUAAACAAAUGCAUAUUCAACUCAGAGGUAGAAAUAUAUAUAUAUUGAAGAAAAACAAUAUCUGAAUCUUGUUAGCGCUGAAGAAGAAAGUCUGGUUGAAAGAUAACGAUGUUUCUGUAGAGAAAAACAUCCCUAACCCCAUGGGAUCCUUUCUCUUCAUUUCUCUGAUCUCAGUUGACCUUGAAUCUCUCACCUGCUGUUAGCGAUUUCUCCAGUCUAUCUGAAAUGGGGCAGAUAAGAAUAUUCUCCUGUGUCAGGAAGUAUUUUGCCCAUAUCUUUAGGUUUUCCUGAAGUUUGUUGAAGUUUUCACAAUGAGGCCUUACAUACUGCUGUAUCUGAACGCAGCAUACCUUUUUUUUCCCUCCUGUUUUGUUUAUUGAGUUUAUAGUUACCAUAAAUAAGUGAGCUAUACAUCUUUUCUAGGAUUUAAGCUCACAGAUUUGAAUGGUUCAUUCAACAAUAUUUUUCAGCAUGUGAUAAAGUAACAUAUUGAGAGGACAGUGAAAGCUUUCCUCUCGUGGUUGCUAGUUUAAGAAUCCCUAAGAGCUAGUGUCUCGAUAUCAGCAUUAAGUCCAUGUCUCUGGCAAUCCAAAGGUAGUCGAAGCAUCUAACACUUCUUGGAAGUGUCUAGAGCUGAGAAACAAGAGUUUAAUACAGGGUCAUUAGGUACACCCAUACCAUUUCAUUUACUUAGUGUACAUUUAUUUUUCUUGUCUCUACUUAUGUCCAACAGGGCCACAAAAUUUUUCAUUUAGUAUCUUUACUGUAGUCUUUCUAAUUCAUAAAAAUCUUUAUAUCAGAAGAAACUGCUAAACUCACUUAGCUUCACAGUAUCAGUGAACAUUAUAUAUAUAUAUAUAUAUAUAUAUAGUCAAAAAUAAUGACAAAAGUAAUAAAUAACACUAAACUAUAACCAAAUAAGAGGAUACAGAAAACUGUGAUGUUCUGUAUAUGCGGUUCAGCUAUUGUUGACCAUGAAGCCUGUCCUGGAGUGGUUGACAUAUACCAUUGUUUCUCUAUUGGAGCAGUUAUAAGUGACAAUUCAGUUGUUAACAUUUGCCCACUGAUAAAUAUCAAAGCACACAUAGCAGGCACAGUAAGAAACAUGAUAGCUAAAUAACUAUGAAUCCUUUUAAUUGGUACUAGUCACACUGUGUGAGAGCUAUUGAGGCUUUCAACUCUCUUUAUGUGCCAUUAAAUCUUUCUGAAUCUAUUUCAUUAAAGGCUGAUACUAAAAAAAUUCACGCCUGUUAAGUGGCUUUUAUUUUCUUUAUUUUGAUAAUCAAUACUUACUAAUGUCCUGAACAGAAAGCUAGUUUAAGUUAGAUUUUGUUGCUCUCUACUUGUUAAUUUAUGAUUAAUUCAUUUAAAGUAACGCAAGCUAAACUAAAACAUGUUUAUUAAAAUGAUUGUAUUUCUUCAUCUCCAAAGCUGAACUAAUAUAAACAGAACACAUUUCCCAUCCCUGAGUUAUAAAUAUAAUUUUUUGGUCAAAAUAAAUAUGAUGAUACAAAAUCACACCUUUUUCCCUUGAGUUGUGACCAAGAUCAAUGUAGAAAAGUGACUUUUAAUAGACUAUUUUGAAAUUCAAGAAUUUCUGUAAAAGCUUGUGUUUUCAAGUUUGUCACCAGAUGGCAGAGGUCUUACUCUGUCAAUCAUGCUAUUUCCCUAAGACUUUUCUGCUUAGUGUUCAGAUAAAAGCUAGUAAUGUUUAUUCCUUUCAGAUUCCUGUUCUAACCAUUGUCCUGCAAAUGUGCUAUUUUAUUCUAAACAGUGAGGGCUUUCUGCUUCCAACAUUAUGUUCUCAUGGCAAAUCUGUAUUUUACUUAAAGCUUUUUUUCCUCAGCCCCAUGCUGUGUGGGGGCAGUAGUCCUUGCCAGCAGGCAGCUCUCGCAUAAAGUCUUAGUAUAAACAAUGUCCAAGUAUGUCUCUGUUGUUUAGCUCUUGGUAUUAGUAAAACAAAUAGUAGGCGAAAAGACCUUCUCAAACACCUUUAAAAUAAUUCUUUAGUGGUUUUUUUUUCCCCAGCUAUAAAAUAGAAAAUAGUCACCUUCAUGUUAAUAAUUAAGUCCACUUUCAUGUUAAUAAAAAUAAAAAAAUAAACCCAAAUUGUGCUAAAUAAAUAUCAAAAUUGAUAUUCUCUUUAUAAACGUGUUUGUUUGAUAGUAUACGAUAAGCCAAGAGUGACUGAUAGAUCACUGCAACUUCCUUUAAGAAAUGCUCACAUCUUAAUGACACUCGUUUGGCUAGGGAUGUGCAGCCCUUUUAGUGCUCAUUCUGUAUUCUCUUUCAUGUCAUGUUUGAUGACAGAAUCUUCUCUUUCCUAUCUCAAGAGGCAGCUCAUCUGACUCGUCCAUGUUCAUCCCUCCUGAAACUCAGUUGCUAUGGUCCUUUGAUGCCUAAUGCUAUAAAAAGCUGACUCCGAUAUUUUCCAUAAAAUAACUGGAAGAACAUCCAGCUCAAAUGGAUAUUUUUUUCUUAAAUAGCUAAUUUUGACUACCAUUAUGCUUUAAUGUGCUCUUGUGCAAAAGUCUCAAAGAUAGGGAGAUGUUUAAAUUGCCUUGCUAAGUAGACUUUACUGUAUUGUUUUCAGUUUCUCUCAGUAUUAGUAGCUGUUUAGAGACUCAUUUUCUUGGAACAGAAAAUAAAAUACUUUUCUAGUGUGUAAUGUUCGGGUCAUAGAAGUUGGACACUUUAAGCAUUUUGCCCUUCAAACUAUCUCACUGGUGUCUUUUACAAUUAACUUCAGAAAAGAAAAAAAACCUACUUAUACAGCAGUUAAAAAAGAAAGCAUUAGCUAUAAUGUGGAAGAGAGAAAAUUUUAAAGUAUUUUUUUCUAUUUAAAGGGAAAGGUCGUUCUACCUUAAGGUCUUCCUUUCCAACUCCCAGAUUAUCCUUAUGUAAGUCAAGGUAAUAUCCAUUUGAGAGUUGGGGGAACUGGGAGGGAGAGCCCUUAAGUCACUGCCCUCAGGUCACAAACCAUGAGAUGGCUGCACUGGGAUUGUUCCUCAGCACAGAAGUCUUGGCCUCUAUUGAGUCCCCUGUGCUCAACUUCGUGGAUGGAAUCAAAGGCAAACAACUGUAGCGCUCAAUCUCACAUCGUAAACACUCAAUGAACAGUGACACUAACGUGAAUUGCCACUUCUCCUAUAACAUAAGUAUUCCCAAGGAAGAAUUUCGGAGGCUUUAGAACUCUGAUGAAAAUUUUAUAAUGGCAAGAAUAUUGCAUGUUCAUACUUCAGCUUGCCCAGUGUCAUCUUCAUAAUCUACAAUUAAAAACAAUUUCUCAAAUGACCUGUUGUGCAGGAGACACAUGCUUCUCCCCUAAAUUCAGUUUUCUCAUGACAGGAAACACAGACCUGGAUAGUAAUUCGAUGCCCAAUUUAUAUUUACUACAAUGGAAUCAAACAGGUAUAGGGAUGUAUUACUCAGGGUUCUCUAGAGUCACAGAACUUAUGGGUAGUCUCUGUAUAGUAAGGGAGUUUAUUAUGAUGACUUACAGUCUGUAGCCCAACUCCCCAACAAUGGUCAGCAGCAGCUGUGAAUGGAAGUCCAAGGAUCUAGCAGUGGCUCAGUCCCACAAGGCAAGCAGAGGACAGAGAGUCUUCCCUCUUCCAAUGUCUUUAUGUAGGUCUCCAGCAGAAGCUGUGGUCCAAAUUAAAGGUGUGUACCACCAUGCCUGGAUCUGGGACUUGCUUUGUCCCAAAUGACCUUGAACUCAGAGAUCUCUUUGCCUUAAUCUCCUGGGAUUCAUAGACACUUUGCCUCAAGAUCUGGGUCAAAGGUGAGCCUUUCAAUUCUGGACUAUAGUUCGUUCCAGAUAUAGUCAAGUUGACAACCAGGAAUAACUAUUAAAAGGGAUAAGAAAAUAAUGUGUUUAUUCCUUGCAGUUCCAUGUUUAUUUCUCUACAUGGCAUACAAAGUUUAUGUAAUAUGGUUAAUAAAAUUGUUAAAUGUCCUACUUAUAAAAACAGUGGUAUCAGUUAUAUUCAAACAUACAAUUUGAUUCUAUUUUCAUCUUUAUCAUCAGAUUAUCACUAGUGGUCAAACGUAAACUGGUCUUAGUAGGUUCUCAAUAUUUUUACUUGGUCUACAGGAAACCUGAAAGCACACAUGCAUGUAUGUAUAUGUAUCUAUGUGUGUGUAUGUGUGUGAGUGUGUGUGUGUGUGUAUCUGUGUGUGAGUGUGUGUAUAUGUGUGUGAGUGUGUGUUGUAAGGGCUGCAGAUGUGUGUGAAUACAAGUACCUGUACUCUUUUUUCCAGAUCUGGACAAAAUCUAGAAAUUGAAGAGCCAUGUCUCACUACUCUCCUAUAAAUUCUCCAUUCUUGCAGCCAUUUUAAGUUGUCUCAAUCCCUUCUCAGACAAGAUGACUCGAGAACAAUACAUACUAGCCACACAGCAGAACAACCUGCCGAGACCUGAAAAUGCUCAACUCUAUCCUGUGGGGAUUUAUGGAUGGCGAAAGAGGUGCUUAUACUUCUUUGUCCUACUGCUGUUGGUUACCAUGAUAGUUAACUUAGCCAUGACAAUAUGGAUAUUGAAGGUUAUGAAUUUCACUGUGGAUGGUAUGGGAAAUCUGAGAGUCACCAAGAAGGGAAUCCGACUUGAAGGUAUAUCUGAGUUUCUACUGCCAUUGUAUGUGAAAGAAAUUCAUUCCCGAAAGGACAGUCCAUUGGUCUUACAGUCUGACAGAAACGUAACAGUGAAUGCAAGAAACCACAUGGGGCAGCUCACGGGACAGCUGACAGUCGGAGCUGAGGCUGUUGAGGCCCAGUGUAAAAGAUUUGAAGUGAGAGCCAGUGAAGACGGCAGGGUGCUGUUUUCUGCAGAUGAAGAUGAGAUCACUAUUGGGGCUGAGAAGCUAAAGGUUACAGGGACUGAAGGAGCAGUAUUUGGGCACUCUGUGGAAACACCUCACGUCAGAGCAGAGCCAUCUCAAGACCUCAGGCUUGAAUCACCUACCAGAUCCUUGAUAAUGGAGGCUCCACGUGGGGUCCAGGUGAGUGCUGCUGCAGGUGACUUCAAGGCUACCUGCAGGAAGGAGCUGCAUUUACAGUCCACAGAAGGAGAGAUUUUUCUAAAUGCAGAUUCAAUCCGGCUGGGAAAUCUACCAAUCGGUUCCUUCUCUUCUUCACCCAGCUCUUCAAAUUCUCGACAGACAGUGUAUGAACUGUGCGUCUGCCCCAAUGGCAAACUCUACCUUUCUCCGGCUGGGGUAGACUCCACCUGUCAGUCCAGUAGUAGCAUUUGCUUGUGGAGCUGAAGCGACUGAUUUCUCCUCACACCAGAAUAGCCUUUUGUUCCCGUCCGUCUGCUUCACGGUUUUGCUCGGUUUCCCUUGUGAUCAGUCCGGAGCGUCUUCAGAUGGACCACAGAGCAAACUGUUCCAGGGUCCGCCGGGAUUGGCCUUCACCUUUCCUAAUUCACCAUACUCAACACAAAGAGUGUGACUGGCUCGGCCAUGGGAAAAAUAUUUAGGGCUGGAAACCUGGAUCACGACCUUUGCUCGAAAGGGAGAAUAAUUUAGGUGCCUUUGCUACGUGGAGUGAAGCACACAGAUUUUUGCAGAACCUGGCUGCGAACUGCGCACGAACACAUUAAUGACCCAGACGAAGGUCCCAAAUCCACUGGCGACAUGAAAACGCUUAACCCCGUCAGAAGACUAAUUCUGCAGUCCGAAAGCACAAUUUUCCAUUCAUCUUUUUAGGACGUAAACUUUUAUCCCUGAAUUUUAAAAUUUUGAAGCAUUAUGUAAUGCUUGCUUUACUAAAAAAAAAAUUAAAUUCAAUACGUGAUUUUUAACUAAAUGAAUUGACAAGACAGCACCUCUCCCUGAGUUGUUUUGUUUCUUUCACUUCAAUGUGUUGGUACUCUUUGUCUACUAAGUCCGGAAUUUUGUACAUUAGAUAAUUUUGAAAGCUCUCAGCAAUAUAAUCUUUACAAAAUGAACAAAAACGCCAUUAUACUGUCAUUUGUCAGAUCUGGAUGGCCUUAUACAGUAUUUACGUGGUUAGUGCAUGUGACACACUUGCUUUUAAUAAAAACAUCUUAGCUGUUCCAGUAUAAGCCAGGAGGGAUAUACUUAUGGUGGGGAUCCAUCCGCUAUUUCUUUAAACCUUCACAUGGUUUCCUUUACCCUUAGGUUUUAAUAGCACUCUUCUGUUUGCCCCAUUUACAUUAAACUUGAUUUUAAGUGCAAAAAAAAAAAAGUUAAACCAGCCUUUAAUUAAAAGCUAACAUGAUAUAUAAUGCUGAGAACUGAUUCAGUUUCCGUAGGGACGUCACCUUCAAAUUUAGUAUCUGUCUUUUAAUUUGUGGUUAAUAUUUAAGAAGGUUACAAGUUAAAUUAUAAAUUCCAGAAAAGAACAUGGUAAAAAGACAAAUGUUCAGUAGGGGUCUCAGUCAUGUGCUUUCUCUGUUGAGGAAUCUAGUCACCUUUCCAUUCGACUGUUAGCGUUUAGCCACUUCUAUCAGACUGUUACUCUACCCUUACGUUAUCAACCAUAGCUCUCUCCGCUGCUCAUUUUUAUAAGUGAGUUCCUAAUAAGGAAUGCCAGAGUAUUACAGCUUUGUUCAUCGCGGUACUCUUAAACUCAAAUUCUUGAAACCGACAGAAUACAAGAAUGUAAACUUGUAUUAUAGAUUUCCUAGUUUCUGAAGGUGGCUUGAUGACUCGAAGGUAAGUCCUUAAGUUUUCCCAUCAUGCCCUUCUUGUACCUGUGUACACCAUUGACAGGUGUAUGGAAGUUACAUUUCAGGGCUCUGUGACUGCAGAAUCUUUGAAAGACUGUUCUCUAUAGCUGAGAGUGGAGCAAACUAUUGGAAUCUGUUGAAGUAGUUUGGUUAGUAAAAAUGAGAAAGCUGGAUAAUACAACCGGCAAAGCAGCCUAUUGGCCAAAGCCAUCUAUCUCCUUUGGAGUCCCAGCAUUUCCAGUAGCAGCCAAGCACCAUAUCACGAGCAUUUUCCAAUUCUGCUGACGGCUCUGGAAGGCCUUUCACUCUGAUCAUUUUUAAAAUAGUAUUGGACUUGUGCUUUGGGGUUAGCUUACAAAUCUGUAAAUUGACAUCAAAAUAAAAGUGGAGAUAUAUAACUACUUGAAAAAGUCAUAACAGAGAGCCUCAUUCAUUUCUAACAAACUUUACUAUGUGAAGAUUGCACAUUAGUCUUUGCAAAAGAGUCACACUGUACGUGAGGCAUGAAAUUUGAGUCGUGAGUGUUUAUCACUGUGUUCACUUGAAGAAGACAUUCUGCAUUAAUUUGGGACAUACCAAGGUUUUAGCCAUGCUAAAUUAAAGCAGUUUCAGAAUUUUCUAAUCAAAGGAUGUUAAUUCUUGUGAUUUGUAAUCCUCCCUGUUUUGAAAGUCUUUAACUAAUCAAUUAAGCCAAGUUCUGCAAUCUGAGAAUGCCUCUAAGCUUCAGUUUACAAAGAAAAAGUUAUAAUCUUUAGAACAGAAAUAUUAAAUCAAACAUCCUCUAAAGGCUUCUUCUAGCAUGAAUGAAAACAUUCAGAAUUUGUAUACAUAGGCCAACAUACCAAGAAUGAAGAGUGGUGAGGAAACAAAGGGGGUGGGGGCAAAUUAUAGGCUAGGACAGAUGGCUUACACCUUUAGUUUCAACACUUCGGAGGCCAAGGUAGGAGAAUCUGUGUGAGUACAGUGCGGCUAGGGCUAUACAGAGAGAUCCUGUAUCAAUCAAUCAAUCAAUCAAUCAAUCAUCAAUCCACAAUUAGAGAAUAAAUAACACACAAAUAAAUUAAGUGGAACAACGGGCAAAUUUUCAACUCAAAGAUAUUCUGAAAAAUCCAGACAUUAAAGAAUCAUAGAAACUCAAAAGAUUUAGAACAUUCAAAUUCCUGUUAAAUAAGAAAGAAUGUGGUCAAUGACUUCCAUAUACAAUAAUACAUGAAUGGCUUGAAUUGAUUGUUGGACUGCUUUAAGGUUCUUUGGACACAGUCAUGUCAAAAUUUAAGCUUCUAUUCAAGGCUGAGAAGAUGGACCCUGAAGUCUUUGAUUUCCUAAUAGAAAAUCAUUGUUCUUUGAUGAUAAGGAGGUUCAGAAACUGAAGGAAGUAUUUAUCCAUUGCUUUCCCAGUGCAAUUUUACAGAUCAGAAUGAACACAGAAGUGCGUGCACGUGCACACACACACACACACCACACACACACACACACACACACACGCACACACAUGCACACGCACACAUACACACACAAAAACACAUACACUAUACCUUAUGUAAAUGAUUCAAAUUCUAUUUUCUUGAAAUCCCAUUUAAUAGAUAUUACUUUUAGUUGUGCCACAAUGGACUCUACUCAGCUAUGUUGUUUGUCUUACCUUUACUUCUCAUUUAGUUUAGAUCCUGCAGAGAACAGAAAUGGAGAAAUUGGAGUGGGAAAGUUCCUGGCAUUUCAAUUAUGAGCCACAAUUUGUAAAUUCAGAUAUAUUUUACGUUCAGUGUCUCUGGGGCUUAAAAGGGAAUGCAUUAUUAUUUUAAGUUCAUAAUGCUUGAAUGAUGAAAUUUUAAAGGAUACAAAAACAAUCAAAACAUACGCUAAACCAAACAAAAUGCACUUUUAAUACUUUAUGAUCCAUUUACCCAGUAUCUCCAACAUUUGCUACUGGACUUAGUAGUCUCGAUUUUUAUUAUGAAUCAUAAUUUUCACAAUACGGGAUAGAAUCAUUUCUCCAAGUUUAGAAAAUAACAUUUGGAAAUCGUAGAAAGUAGUGCCAUAAAUCUCUGAAAAUAUGUGUAGGAAUUUGGAAUUGGGUUCUGGUUAUAUGUGAUACUUAAAACUCUCUUUAGAAAUAUCCAGUCACUUUGGCUGCAGUCUCCGUAAGAAAGGUAUAUCAAGCUAGGUAUUUCUCUUUGGUCAUGUUCGUCUCUUAGUUUUAUUGAUUCUUUUAAGAACAUAUUUAAUGAUCAUCAUUGAGUCUGCGAGACUCUGCCAAGCUAGAAUUUUUGAUGAUCUAUCCCUUAAAGAGCUGUUCAUCCAUGUCUAAAACAAAACUUCACAGCAUCCUAUUCUUUUUCUCCAUAUCCCAAUUAAAUAUUAGUUCCUUUGAGGAAAUAACGUUUGGUUGAUGUUUUCAAUGAUAUGGAUAAUAUUAAGUAAAAGAAGAACAUUUGUAGCCAUCAUCUAAAAAUAUCGUUUCAGGGCUUUAACUAACACGUGCCCAGUAUAAGUGCCCUGCUUAGUGCUCUAUAAUUACUGACACUCAUCAAACUAAAAGCAUGGGCUGUUGGGAAGAGUGUGUUUAGGUCAAUAUGGCCAGGUACUGAAAUUUUAUUCCUACCAAAAUUCUUUCAUAUUCUAAUGUCUUUACACAGCAGUGCUUCGUUUUCCAAACACACCAUUGGUACAGUAAUAUCUCUAAUUAAUUCCACCUUUGCAGACAUAGUAUCUCUUUUUAAGGAAGCAAUAGGCAAGGGAAGAUCUGAUGCUGUUAGCAUUCUAGUUCAUAACAUCCCAGGUCAAUAGCACAUUUAACUAUAAUUGAAAGUAUUUAAGGGUCUAAUUCUUUAUAUACAACCACCAUCACCAAACUCAUUUUUGAGUUUUAUAUGUUUGAGGUAUGCUUUCCUUAACUGCCUAUAGCUUUGGCCUAAUUAGAAUUCCUCACGUGACCCUUCUUAGACAUUCAUUAAGUCAUUUGCUGCAUACAUUAGCAUAUAUUGUGGUAAUGAUUCCUGCAGAAUAUCACUAUCAAAAAGGAAAAUAAAAUCACUAUUAUCCCCGAUUAUAAAUUCAUGAAUGAUUUCAUUGAACACUUUCGUAGACGUUGCUUUAAACUGCAGUCAAGUAGUCACUGAAACGUCAAAGACCAAAGAUCAGGAUUUCUAUUGUAUUUAGCUCUAGACCACUAUUGCUUCUACUAACUUAUUAAAAUAAAUAGGGGUUAUAAUUACAACACAAGGAAGUAAAUGUGCUUCUGGCAGGAAUAAGAGCUGCAGCCAUUAGUUACUGCUUCAGUUGUAGAAAGAACACUUCAGUGGUACGCUCUGCAUACUUUUAUACAUAGGUAAUGAAUGUCUCAGUAUUCUUAAAAUGAGGAAAUAAAGACUACACCCAAAAUGGCCUCAGGAUGAAUUAGCUUAGUUGGGUUGAAACUUUCAUUGCUUGCCAAAUAUGUCUCUGCAAAAUCUAAUGAAUAUGAAAUACUUCUAGAACUAGAGGGCUAUUUUUUUAAGUGUUAAUUGAUGUGGGUCAGUCUUUGGCAUCAUAAAGACAAACACAAAAGGAUGUGUGGUACAAUGAACUGUGAUUCUUCCUGGGUUUCCAGUUUUAGUAUUUCAUUUCUUUGAAUAUUUAUAAAUAAAAGUCAAACAGGGUUAAAGAUGUGCGAGGAAAUUUACAAAAAAAAAUGGAGACACAAUUUGGAGUUUGUUUCUUUAUCUAUACGAUUCUUUAAAUUGGGUCCAUUAUUAAUUUAUUUUGUUUUGUAUCUUUCAUGUAAAUGUUUUCUUGUAUAUAUAGAUAUAUGAAAAAUGGAACUAUUUUCGUACACAUACUAUGCAAUAUGUUUGUACAAUUGCAAAAUUACCAAAAUUACAAAAGCUGUGCUUUUGUACUCUAUCUUGCUUUAUGUUAAAAAAAAUCAAUCAACCUUUUCUAUUUAAAAGGACUCCUUCCUAUGAACUGUAGAUAACAUAUCUAUUAAAAAAUCUGUCUAUUGUAUCUUUUGUUUAGUUUGGGGUGGGGUCUAUUUCUUUUGGGAGUAAACAAAGCAAACUUUUGGCAGUUGGAAUUCUUUUCUCAGAAAUGAGUCCGUCCGAGGCAUGCAAUGAGCCCACAUCAUUUAAGAUCUCUCUUGUAAUUCUUGUAUUUUUGUCCUGAUUUCGGUGCUACUGUGUAACCACGAUUAAAUGUGAUAGUCAAAGAGGAUCAGAA